AUGGAGAAGCUACCGACUACUACCCGCGACUCUCCCAAAGCAGCAUUGAACUGCAAAACUACUGGCAGAAGAAGAGGUUCCAAGUCGGCUUUGCUAUCUGAAAGCUGAAAAACGGAACGAAGCUAAAGCCGACAGCAUCUCGUCAGAAGUUCUCAAGUUAGGAGACGACGCCCUGAACCAUCUGCCAACGCUUUUCCAACUAUCUGAAAAUCACGUCGAGCCAGGAUCAAUAGACGGAGUCGAAGACCAUCAGCAUCUCGAAGGAAGGCGACCUGACCGAUCUGAACAUGAUUUUACCGAAGUUCAUUGUCGAAAGACGGGAGAAGAAACUCGAAAACUUCCAACCGACGUCCCAAGCUGA